AUGGCUUCUGCGUCGCCGAAAACUCUGCUCGAUUUCCUGCAGCCUACGAAGCGCUUGAAGACUGCGGCUUCUGCGGGUGAUCUGAUGUCGAAGUCCUCCGUUUCCUCCCUCUGCAUGGUCUCAACUAACGGCGUUGACGCGAGCGGGCUACAGAUCGAGUCCCCGUCCGAUCUGAGCCCCGAGCAGAAGAAGAGGAUCGAGAUUAAUAAGUUCCUCGCGAGGUCGAGGAGAAACCUAAGGAUCUGUGCCGAGAGGAUCGAGAAAUCCAAAGGUACGUAUAUAGGUGGUUGUUGGUUUUCAGCCCAUGGCUUUCAGUAUCUCGGCAGGAUGUCUUCUGAUGCUAGUGCCCGUUGGCUGUGUGAGUCAGAGGGGGGUAUGAGGUACGUCAAGUUGGAGGAGCUUUUGGUGGAGGAAACCUGGACGGAUGCGCUUCCCGGGGAAUUCCAGAAGCCUUAUGCCAAGAAUCUGUGUAGGUUUCUCGAGAAGGAGUUGCAAGGAACGGUUCCUAUCUAUCCCCCUCAGCACCUUAUAUUUAAUGCUCUGAACUCGACAGCAUUUGAUCGAGUGAAGGCAGUAAUCAUUGGGCAGGUAUGCGCUCAUCCGUUUACCUGAUUCACCACACCCUCUUAAGAUUCAUUGCAAAGGUUUCUUCCCUGAGACGUACUCAGGCCACAUUUGUCUGCAUCUUUCUUUCGAGACUUGAAACGCGCCUGUGGAGCUUUUUUUUUUUUGGCAUUUUUUAUUUAUUUAUUCUCACAAUCGAUGUUAUCAUUUUCCAUCAAAUUUCCGUUUGAAAAGAUCUCUUUUUUAGUUAUUUUUCGAGAUGAAAACAAUUUCAUUUAAUAAUUUCCCAUUGAAAUGGCUGUCGGUGUAAACUCCGUGCUCUUCUUAUUUUCUGUGUGAAUAGCGUGCCGGGUGAUGUUAAUGCGAACCUUUUCUCCCCGUUAUUACCCGGCGUUAGCCAAUUUUCUGAAAAUUGGUUUAGAAAAUUUUAGCAUCUCAACCUGGGCCUGUUUUCUGUAUCCCAGUUAACUUGGGUGUCUAAUCCACUAUCAUGGCAACUUUAGGCGAGGUAGUUUCUUGCAUCAACACGGCAGGCCAUCAGAUGGAGAUCCACCUUGCUGAUUAUCUUGUUCUCAUCUUUGCUGCCACGCACGGGCACAAUCAACUGUAUAACAUUCCUACGAUUUGGUCUAACUUGGAAGAUGACAAUGGUUCGCAUAGAAUUACAUUAUCUCAUUCGUACAUAAACCUGAUACAUUUUGAGGAAUUUUAAUAUCGACCUUGACAAGCUAAGACUUAACUCAUCUUUGUUGUAAUGACCAACGUUUUAUUGCCAGUUCUCUACGUGGUAGAUGGGAAAAGGAUGCAAAAAGACUCCGACUUGUGAAACGAAGGGUGUUCUCAAUUCUCCAAGUUGAGGGAAUGGCUGCAUUAUAUGGAUAUCUUUUUACCUUAAAAUGCAUUCCGAGGCUUAUGCAGUAAACUAAGGGGCACGUUCCAGAGUCGUUUGAAUGAAAUGUUGUUCAUAAGUUUUAGGUUGGAAUUCUCCCUGAAUAAUCAGUUCUCUCCAUCAUGUAGGCCUGAAAAUGCUCGAAUUUACCGAUUAUCUGGGUGGUUUCUGCAGUAUAUAAUUCCAUAUGAACGAGAUGUAUGUAUUUUCUCCCCUAUGUUUGCGUCGAUGCCUUCUGCAUUUUCUGUUGAAUAUCCCGAAGUCAUAUUUUGCCUCUUCUGUUCUUCUGACUUUUGCCUGCUUUGUUGUGGUACAAUGAUGAGAAAAAUGUACGGGUCUAUUUUCUCCAUUUCCAUGUGAUAGUUGAAGGAGCUGAACAUCACGGUGUGCCCUGUUCUCAGGAUCCUUACCAUGGGCCAGGCCAGGCAAUGGGUCUUGCUUUCUCAGUGCCAGAAGGAAUAAAGGUCCCUUCCAGUCUGGUGAACAUAUUUAAGGAGCUUAAACAAGAUCUUGGUUGUUCCAUCCCCGCGCAUGGGAACCUGGAACGAUGGGCCGUACAGGUGGGCAAAGUUUAACAGCAUGUAGUAAUCUUAUUGGUCGCAUUAUCUCCUAUCUUGGCAUCCAUUGGGGUUCUUACACUGUCAUUCUCCCAAUCGUCGUAUUUUCAAGGAGAUCAACGCACAAAAGGCAUGAUUAUUUUUUUUGUGCUUUUCUUUCCGCAUCUCCUAUCUAUCUGAUUUUUAUGAUAUUCACAGAGGAGCUUUGUUUACUCUCUCAUCCGAUUCUAGCUGGAUUUCGAUAAGUGUGGACGUUUUUCUGGAAGCUGUGCUUCGUAGUGAGCACUGUGAGUCAAUUAACCAGGGCAGUUGCUUCUUGAAGAACACAUUUUCCUGUUGCAGAGGAAGAUUUUACCCGAUAAAAAUUCAUUAUUCACUAUGUUCACAUGACACAAUUAGUAUGUGAUUACCUUGGAACUUGGGUAAAUUCAUGAUGAAAAAAAGGUGAUAUUUCGUACUGCAGCUCAUCUGAUUUGGCAUGUUCUUGAUGAAAAAUUUCGCAGUCUUAUUUGAAUGUGAAUGAAUGAUUUGCGAGAGUUUGAAUAAGAGAGAGAGAGAGAGAGAGAGAGAGAGAGAGAGUAUUGUAAUGGUGGUGCGCUGUAUUCUUUGUUGCAGUUCCUCUGUCUUACUCUCGCAGUGUUGCCUUUUUUUUUUUCUCUUGUGAUUUAGUCUCAUGUGAAUAACGGAGGGUUAGUAUGAUUUUUUUUGUAGUAUGCAGAUGGUAAGAUAUGUUUUCGCGAGCAUAAUCUCUUAAUAAUUGUGAGUGCCAAGGUUCAUCCUCAGGAAGAGGCAUCUCACACUUUCCAUCUCUCUGUAGGGAGUUCUUCUGCUCAACACCGUUCUGACUGGUAACUUCGGCUCCCUCCCUUGGAGAGGCGUUUCUGUUCAGUCUUUUCGAGUUUUGCCCCGCCGUGGUAGAACCGGUGACGUGACUGUGAUGAUGCAAUCCCAGUGAGGAAUCAUCAGGCAAACUCCCACGCGAGGAAAGGCUGGGAGCAACUCACUGACGCUGUCAUCAGCACGAUCUCGCAGAAGAAGUCGGGAAUCGUGUUCCUUCUAUGGGGAAACUCUGCUCAAGAGAAGACGAGGUAUUUUAUUUCAUCCACGUUCCCUCAUUUUCUGCCCGCAUUUAUUUAUUCUAAAACUGCUCGUCCUUUGUUGCUUGCGAUUUGUAUGUGAUCUGUAUGGUGCUAACCACCCACGCGAUCGUCGUGUGUACUCUGAUAUCUUAACCCCAGAUAGAGAGAGAGAGAGAGAGAGAGAGAGGUGUGCCAUCAAACUGACCUCUCUCUCUCUCUCUCUCUCUAUAUAUAUAUAUAUAUAUAUAUAUAUGUCUCUCUCUCUCUCUAUAUAUAUAUAUAUAUCUUUCCCUCUCUCUCUCUCUCUAUAUAUAUCUUUCUCUCUCUCUCUCUCUUUCCCUCUCUCUCCUAUAUAUAUUUCUUUCUCUCUCUCACUCUCUCUCUUCAGUCAUGCGGAACCCAAGGCCAAGUUAACCCAGUUAAUCCAAACCGUUCGUCAAAAACCGGGGCCUAAGCGACUCUCCGAUUAUUAACAUUACGAUUCUUUCUUCCAAAGAAAUCGGCUGACGGGUGCUGUUAUUAAUAGGCUGAUCGACGGGGCGAAGCACCACAUAUUGAAAGCGGCUCAUCCGUCGGGGCUAUCCGCCAACAGAGGCUUCUUCGGGUGCAGGUUAGCCCCUUCGCCACUCUCUCUUCUGCCGCCGUUUCUUCUCCCCGAAAUUACGAAUCUCCUGUGCACGCGCGCAGGCACUUUUCCAAGACCAAUGCGAUCCUGGACGGACUGGGACUCGCCCCAAUUGAUUGGCAGCUGUGA